AUGCCCAUCUCACCUCCACAGAACAACAAUGACCUGUUCCCCUCCAAUCUGGGCCCCGAGUACGUCGGCUUCGACCACAUCCACUGGUGGGUCGGCAACGCCAAACAAGCUGCCUCGUACUACAUCACUCGCAUGGGAUUCCGUCCGAUCGCCUACCGCGGACCAGAAACCGGAUCGGCAUGUUUGACCAGCUACGUUGUUCGGAAUGGGGAUGCGGUGUUUGUCCUCACUGCUCCCGUGUGCGCACCUGGCAGAAGCAAAGACGAGCAACAAUUAUCAUCAAAGGCUACCGAGGAAGACAGGGCUGCGCUGGCUACGAUUCACGCACAUUUAACGGCCCACGGAGACGGGGUCCGGGAUGUCGCGUUCCGGAUCAAGGGGGAUAUCGGGGCUGUGUGGAAGCGGGCUGUCACGCACGGCGCGGAGGGGAUUGCGUCGCCGGCGACCGUCGUUGUUGAUGGGCAUGGCGCGAUCCGGAUCGCUACGAUAGGCACGUACGGCGACACGGUGCAUUCGCUGGUGAAUCGUGACGAGUACUCCGCCCAAGCGCCCUUCCUGCCGGGGUACCGUGUUCUCCAUGGCGACGACGAAGAUCCGAUCAACACCCUCCUACCGCCGAUCGAGUUCGUGGAGAUUGAUCACUGCGUGGGGAAUCAACCCUGGGGGGUGUGGAUAAGGUGGUGCGAUAGUAGGUGGAAUGCAGACCAAGCUCAUGAACUCAACGCUGACGGAAAGAGCAGUUAUGAAGAAUGUCUCGAUUUCCAUCGCUACUGGACCGUGGAUGACAAGGAUAUGUGCAGUGAGUACUCGGCAAUGCGCUCGAUUGUGGUCGCGUCCCCGAACGAAACGAUCAAGAUGCCAAUGAACGAGCCUGCGACGGGGAAGAAGAAAUCCCAAAUCCAAGAAUUCGUCGAAUACUACCACGGCCCAGGCGUACAACACAUAGCCUUCCUAACUCUGGACAUCGUUACCGCCGUAUCACGACUCCGCUCACGCGGCGUACAAUUCCUCCAGGUCCCGCCGGCCUACUAUACGGAUCUGCGCGCGCGCCUCUCGCACGUCCCCUGGACGCUAGAUGCCGACCUGGCCGAGCUACAGCGGCUGAAUGUCCUGGUUGAUUUCGAUGAGCGGGGAUACCUGCUCCAGAUCUUCGCGAAGCAUGUUGGGGAUCGGCCGACGGUGUUUGUGGAGGUGAUCCAGCGGAGAGGAUUUGAUGGUUUCGGGGCGGGCAAUUUUAAGAGUCUUUUUGAGGCGUUUGAGAGGGAGCAGGCGCGCAGGGGGACUUUAUGA